UUUAAAUCAGUCUGUCCUGACUCAGCUCAACAGUCUCCAGUCUACCAACUGGUCUCUGUAAUAACUAUUUAAAUCAGUCUGUCCUGACUCAGCUCAACAGUCUCCAGUCUACCAACUGGUCUCUGUAAUAACUAUUUAAAUCAGUCUGUCCUGACUCAGCUCAACAGUCUCCAGUCUACCAACUGGUCUCUGUAACUUCAUCUUUGUCUCUGUGGUGUGCAGUCUUCAGGUGAUGAUGGGGGUAUUGAAUCAUCUCUCUACUCUCCUCCUCCUCUCUCUCCUUCCUCCUGCUCUCUCUCAUGUAGUGGAGAACUUCAGUGUUGUUCCACAGUGCAAGACGUUCUUCCUGGAGGGGACAACUCCAAAUCUCCCAGGUAUUUUGGUUGGUGGGACAGUCCAGAACCAGAACCGCUACAAGCCGAUCUGCCAGUUGUACAAAACAAUCUACAGGUUUGCAACUCUCUACGACACGACCAACAAGAUCCCUGUGUUCUCAGCCUACACCUUCUCUGGUACUGGGGGCAGGAGACAAAGUCAGUCCUGGAAGAUAGAGCCUCAGCUUGAAAGUAUAGAUGUAGAAGAGAUGACAACCCAACAUGGGGCGAGGGUCAUCCAUCAAGCUGUGGACGCAGACUACAAUGCAAGAAUAAGUAGCAUGGAUCUGGACAGAGGUCACUUUUUCCCAUGUUCGCACGCACCUGAUGAUGAUACCAUGGCUUCCACUUUCACCCUGACAAACGCCGUUCCCCAGGAACGUGGCUUCAACCGAGGCAGAUGGAAGACAAUGGAGUGCAGAGUUAGAACGGCUCUUGAGCUUAACUGUAAGGAUAACAACAACAAGAUAAAAGCCUAUGUGGUGACUGGAGCCGUGCCCAGCAGCAGCAACAAACUGAACAACAGAGUGAACAUCCCAGAUCUCAUGUGGACAGCCUUCUGCUGUUACAACAACAACCUGAAUCAGUGGGUGGCCCAAGCACACUGGGGUGAGAACCAAAAGGAGGACAAGGGGAAAACAUUGAAACCGGAAACCUUGGAAGCACUCGAAGGCAAGUUGAACCAAAUCUACAAUGUCGGAGUCAAGGUGUUUGACAAUAAAUGUCCGAGAAAGUUUGUAUUAGAGGACAAGACAGGGAGGAACUUAGAGGCUGUAGAAGAGGUUGAGCCGGGGAAAAAGAGGGUCAGGGAAGGGAGUGGAGAGGGGAACAUAAAGAUGGCAAGAGUAUCAGGGGAGUUAAAGGAUUGUGAUGACGAGGAUGGAUGUGAUUGUGACUGUGAUGAAAAGUGAUGAGUUUUGUCCAGUGGUAAUUCCCACAACUAUUAAGUACACAUUCCCAAAGGUACAAGGGUUAUAAGGGUUUAAUGGUUAGUCGCUUUGGACAAAAGCGUCUGCUAAAUGGGAUAUAUUAUUAUUAUUAUUAUUAUAAGGGUUAAGUAAUAAGGGUUAUAAGGGUUAAGUUAUACUGGUUAUAAGGGUUUAAUGGCUAUAAGGGUUUAAUGGCUAUUAGGGUUUAAUGGCUAUAAGGGUUAUAAGGGUUUAAUGGCUAUAAGGGUUUAAUGGCUAUAAGGGUUUAAUGGCUAUUAGGGUUUAAUGGCUAUAAGGGUUUAAUGGUUAUAAGGGUUUAAUGGCUAUAAGGGUUUAAUGGCUAUAAGGGUUUAAUGGCUAUAAGGGUUUAAUGGCUAUAAGGGUUUAAUGGUUAUAAGGGUUUAAUGACUAUAAGGGUUUAAUGGCU